AUAUACAUAUGUGUGUGUGUGUGUGUGUGUUUGGGUGUGUUUGGGUAGGUGGAAAAUGAUUCAGUUCCACCGGUUCUUAGUCUAUACUAGUGUGAUAUCUUGGGUUGUCUUGUUUUCAUCAAGAUCAAGAUGUUGUUUGGGUAGUGGUGGUGGGUUAAUCAGCUCACUCCCAGGUCAACCUGGCAAUAUUUCCUUUAAGCAGUUCUCAGGUUACAUAGUUACAGAUGCUGAACAUGGCAGAGCUCUCUUCUAUUAUUUUGUGGAAGCAGAUUCACCCCACCCUCUCUUACUUCCCUUAACAUUAUGGCUCAAUGGAGGCCCUGGUUGUUCUUCUCUUGGCUUUGGUGCAUUUAUGGAGCAUGGCCCAUUCCAGCCGAGGUCUGAUGGAGUCUUGCUGAAAAACAAAUAUUCCUGGAAUUUGGAAUCAAACAUGCUGUAUGUAGAGAGCCCCAUUGGAGUUGGGUUUUCUUACUCAAACACAAGCUCAGAUUACAUCAGUUGGAAUGAUACUCAAACUGCUCAGGACAAUCUGCAAUUCAUUAUUAACUGGUUCAAGGAAUUUCCAAGUUAUAGAGACUCUGAUUUAUAUUUGACUGGGGAGAGUUAUGCAGGUCACUACAUUCCACAGCUUGCAGCAUUAUUGCUAGACUACAACAAACAACCCAACAUCAAACCAGUCAAGCUCAAAGCAAUUGCAUUGGGUAACCCGCUUUUAGAUAUCGAAAUCAGUGUGAAUGAUGCUGAAUAUUUGUGGUCUCAUGGAGUCAUUUCAGAUGAAAUGCUUAUGCUGAAAAACACUGUGUGUAAUGAAUCAAAGUACUUGUUGGAGUUUAUUCAUCACAAUCUGUCAAAGGAAUGCACCAAUGUGUUUCAAAGAAUGAAAGAGGAGAUGGGUAGUGACACUGAUACCAGCGAUCUCCUCCUGCCCACUUGCUUGUUGCCUAGUGUAACUCAAUUUGCUCCCAAAGGUGUGCACAAUGAAUUACUUGCAAAGGUUGCUUCGACAACAAUAGUUGGUGAUCCAUGCCUCAGUGAUAGAGUAUUCAUCUACCUUAACAAACCGCAAGUACAAGAAGCUUUACAGGCCAACACCACUCACCUCCCAUACUCUUGGAGUUUUUGUUCAGGCCCAGUGAGUCAAGCUUAUCAGAGAGAGAAUUUUGCAAUCAAUAUUUUGCCUCUCUUGUCGAGACUUCUCAGAGAUCAAAUCCCUGUCCUGCUUUAUAGUGGAGAUCAAGAUUCAAAAAUACCGCUCACGCAAACUCGAAUCAUCGCCAACAUGCUUGCUCGACAGUUGAAGCUUGUUACCUUUGGUAGGUAUUCUCCUUGGUAUGACAACAUGCAGGUGGCCGGAUGGAGUCAAUCAUUUGGGGUAUCAAGGAAGGGGGAAAAUGUUACCUAUUUGACAUUUGCAACAGUUAGAGGAGCAGCACAUGAAGUGCCCUUCACUUCCCCCUCUCAAGCCCUCACACUUUUCCGAGCAUUCCUCCAGGGAUCCCCUUUGCCCAAGUCUUGAAAAUCCUAAACCCAUCAUGGUUGAAUUGGUGUGGCUCUAUUUUUCAUUCAACAUUUGGGGACCUUUUGCUUGGAACCCCAACUUAUAGAGUGAAAUUUGUGUUGUGUUUGGAACAGUCCUGGACUCUGGACAUUUGUAAUAGAGAAAGUCUCUUGGUGCUUGUCCUAUGCAGCAAGACACCAACAAAUAAUUGCUCAUCUUUUUUAUGUUACAAUGAUUUGGUAUUUUUCUUCAUU